AUGCCUUUUCGCCUCUCACGCUCAACGCGGCUGACGGUAGUAAUUGGCAUUUCGACAUGCUUUUUCCUCGGAGAAAUCUCAGUGGGGUUUUAUACCCAUUCGCUUGCCUUGAUAGCUGAUGCUUUUCACUACUUGAACGACCUAGUGGGAUUUGUAAUCGCACUGGUAGCAUUGAAGGUUUCGGAGAGAGGCGACUCUCCCCCAGAUCUUUCUUUUGGCUGGCAGCGUGCUCAGCUGCUUGGUGCUUUCUUUAAUGGAGUCCUCCUAUUUGCAUUGGGUAUCAGUAUCUUCUUGCAGUCGAUCGAGCGUUUCAUCUCCUUGCACCGUGUCGAGAACCCGAAGAUGGUCUUCAUUGUGGGAUGUAUCGGGCUGAGUCUCAAUAUUAUCAGCGCGAUAUUUCUCCAUGAACACGGACAUGGCCAUACCCACGCUUCUCCACAGGUAAUCGAAGAUGAACCAGCACUCGUCAGAGGUUGUAACGAGGAUUCUAUCUCCAAGCACCAUGAUCAUAAGCAUCCACGAUUCGAGACCCGAGUGUCAGCACACUGCCAUGACCAUGAUGGUGGCCAUGGACAUAGUCAUGGACACGACCAUGGUGACUUGGGAAUGAUGGGCGUCCUUUUGCAUGUUUUGUGUGACGCUGCCAACAACCUUGGGGUCAUUGCCGCCGCGCUGGUCAUCUGGCUGGCAAAAUACGAUGGUCGCUACUAUGCCGACCCUGGAGUGAGCAUAGGAAUUGCAAUUAUGAUCAUCAUUUCAUCUAUUCCAUUGGUUCGGACAACGGGUCUCAUCUUGCUGGAAAGUGCCCCGAACGGGGUAAAUUUGACAGAUGUUAGACACGAUCUCGAGAAGGUCCCCGGCGUGCACUCGAUUCACGAACUACACAUCUGGCGCCUUAAUCAGCGCAAAACCCUCGCAUCCGUCCACGUUGUUGUAUUUGAUCCUUCAGUACCUAAUUUCUUGAAAACUGCCAAGACAAUUAACGAAUGUUUUCAUGCGUAUGGCAUUCAUUCUGCCACCCUGCAACCAGAAGUUUUGUCCGAGGUCGACACGACAGUUCCAGGCUCUGGCGAGAAGAGCCCACGGUGCCAGGUGGUGUGUGGAACUUUGUGUGAGGCAUUGACCUGCUGUGGAUAA